AUGUGCUCCCAAGGAGCGGUGGUUGCGGUUACUAACAGCCGCGGUAACAGGAUGGACGGAACGGAUGCCGAAGGAUACGAAGUUAUUUUGCCUACACUGCCUUCAGGUCGUAGUGUUUUCAACACUUUAUUUUUGCAUGCGGAUGUUCGUGCGAGGCCCUACCGAGUCGAACAUUUCCGGGAUACGUUGGCACGUCUGGAAUUGCUCCCCGACGUGAUAGCGUUGGGGGCUUAUCAGAUGAGCCACGUGCGGGCGGUGACCUUCAAGAGCACAGAGGGCAUGAAGAAAGCUUUGGCUUGUGGCGAAAUGAAAGUGAAGGGCCAACGAUGUUUGGUUAUCGACCCGACGAACCAGGACGUACGCCUCAAGCUUCAUUGGCUUCUGUUUAACGUGGCGGACGAAGAUGUGCGUGUAGCGCUUGCCCCGUAUGGGAAAGUCACCGACGUUUCUAAGGAAAAGUGGAGGGUUCAAGGAAUCCAGGACAAGGGGUCGACGACGCGCCUCGUGCGCCUCAAGCUCCAUAAUGGAAUUAAGGUAGACGACCUUCCACACCAGCUGCGCGUCGCCGGUGACACGGCCCUCCUUGUCGCGCCGGGAAGAGCGCCACUAUGCCUGCGGUGUCAUAGCAAGGGCCAUAUCCGACGUGAGUGCCGAGUUCCUCGCUGCACGCACUGCCGGCGUUUUGGACACGAAGAAAGUGAGUGCGUGAAGACGUACGCAAGUGUCGCAGGGCCAGUUGGAGGAGAUGACACCGCAGAACUCGUCAUGGACGAGGCCGACGCUGAGGAAGCCGCAAGCGAAGCCUCGCCGAAGGUCGAGGCGCAUGAUGCGGCAACGUUAGCCCCUCCCGACAAGCUGCAGGAUACAAGCACCAACGACGAAAGCCCAAAAGUGACCGACACAGUAGGUGAAGCCACGGGCGCCGUCAAAGUGCACGACGUCCCAGCGCAGUCACCGUCAUGCGAAGAGCCGGCCGUCAUGGACGUAAGCGAGGCAGCAAGCGGCGCCACUGUCAGCAAGCGCGGCCACGAUGCGACGUUGGACGAGAACGAAGCCCUGAUUGCAGGGAACUCCGACGGACCGCCGCCAAAGGCGGCCAUCACCCGGCGGUCACUGAUCAGACCGCGGCCGAAUAUACCACCGGACCGUAAGGCGGCAGGCACGCCGCCGACGUAGCCGCGAGCGCGUGUGCCUCGCGGUAUCUCUUCUAGUUAUCUACAAGACCAAGCCAACCCCAAGGGAC